AUGUCGCACCAAGACAGAGAAAGUUUCGGAAGGCAAUUCACUGAACUUGUUGUUCGCCAUCGUCAAAAUAUUCAACAAUACGAAAAAACUCUUGAAGAAUAUAAAACAUUAUUUGAUACACUCAUUUACAUUCCACAAAAAUUACAACAUCAAUGUAUGCUUCCGAUAGGAUCUCACGGAUUAGCUUUCAUGCCUGGACAAUUAAUCCAAACCAAUGAAGUCACUGUUGCUCUCGGAGAAAAUUAUUUUAUUAAAACUUCUGCUCAUCACGCAAGACAGAUUUUAAAGCGACGAAUUGAACGAGUAUUACAUGCUUUGGAAAACGAGAGAAAAUUAUUGCACGCAGUUUAUGAAGGAAUGGGACUUGGAAAACAUUCUCAUAUCUUAAAGCCCAAACAAAACAAAGUAGAUUUAAGAGAUGUCUCUGAGGCUGAAAAAAUUGAGGAAAUGAUUCGAGAAAUGGAAAGUCAGAUACCUGAUGAAUUGAAAGACCUGAGAGAAUUGGAAGAAUCUGAGGAAAUGAUAUUUGAAUAUAACUCACGAAAAAAAGAUAGAGACGAGCUACACUACAGACGAAAAACAACUCCAAAAGAUGAAGAGGAUUUAGAGAAAAUAUUAAACGAGUUAGAAAGGGAAGAAAUAAUGGAAAACAAAAUGCAACACCUCAAUUUACAUGAAGAAGACGAAAAAGAAGAACCACAGUCUAGGCAAAUUCACACUUUUGGGGAAGAGGAUAAAAAAUUGCAACAAGAUAUUCUGAAAUAUUUCCACAGAACACCCACAGCAAGCACUGAACAACAGCAACCCAAAGCCUCACAGAAUACACCCUCAUCAGCUAAACCUUCAAGUGCUUCUUCCAGUACAUUCAACGUUGUGGAGAGAGAUGUUGUAGGAUUUGCUCCAAAAUCGAUGACGUCUGGUGCCAGCAAUGCUUCGCAAGAUCAAGCUCCCAAAAAAGUGUCAAAAUUUAAGCAACGCAUGAUGGAGAAUAAAUAG